AUGGGAGCUGAUCUUCCCACUGUAAAAAACUGGGUCAAAGAAUUACGGAAAAUGUUGGGAAAUGAAAUCUGUUUAUGUAUAGUUGGUAAUAAAAUAGACUUGGAAAAAGAGAGACACGUUUCCAUUCAAGAAGCAGAAUCGUAUGCAGAAUCUGUGGGAGCAAAGCACUAUCAAACCUCAGCCAAACAGAACAAAGGGAUUGAGGAGCUUUUUCUUGACCUUUGUAAAAGGAUGAUAGAAACAGCACAAGUGGAUGAGCGGGCGAAAGGCAAUGGCUCCAGUCAGCCGGGAGCUGCACGACGCGGUGUACAGAUUAUUGACGAUGACCCUCAAGCGCAGAGUGGUGGCGGAGGAUGUUGUUCUUCUGGCUAACUGUUCACGCCUAAGAAAUUGGAAAAUCAAAACUGUGGAUCAUUGCCCUCAACAUGAAGACUGCCAUAUUUCAAGUCACGUUAUUUUACCAAUGGAGUUAUAGAAUUAACAGUAUUUUAAAUUACAUUUAUAACACUGCAGAGACCUUAAGUGCUAAACUUAGUGGAGUUUGUGACCAGAGAAUUGGCAUUUUCUACAAAUGUUAACAAAGCAAUUACCAAUGGCCUUUUUACAUAUUUUUUUCUUUAACGAGAAAUAAUAUGCAUGUAGAAAAGACCUACUUAAAGGCUUCAUUUAUAUUCUUUUAAAUCAGAUCUUUAUUUAAUAACUUAUAUAUAUGUUGUUGGAAUGGUAUGCAAUUUUGCAGCCCUUUGUAUUUUGUGGUAGUUUGAAUUAUAUUACUCCUAAACAGCAAACUGUUUUUGUUUUUAGUUAGCAGAUAUCUGAAGUACUAUUUUUGCAGGGUUUGCACAGACCCCUAACUGUCUACUACUUUGAUAUAAUCUAUAUUCAUCCUGUAUGCUGAGCUGGUAAAAUACGUUGUAAAUAACAUAUUAAAUAUUUUAUCUGCUUUUACAAGCGCAAGGUGCAAAAUAUAUAUACAAUAGCCUCAUUGAUGACUGUAAAGUGAAUUAACAUUUGUUGAUAAUGCCUGAGCUUUUUGACUCUUAAUAUAGAGAUCAUCACUCCCCCUUCACUUUGUCUUAACUUGAAAGUGGGGUGUUUAAAUUUUCACACACUUUACUUGAAAUAUUGCUGUUGUCACAUUUUUUGCCUCCAGAAGUCCAUCUGAUGAUUGAACAGCAGCAUUUGCCUUUUGAUUUGGGCUUUCUGUUUUCGUUUCUGUUUUAAUAAAAAAGAGAUGAUUUCUGAUUUUGCUUUAGAAUGGUUACCUUAGAAGAAUUUGAGGGGAGCAUGCCGAGUUUCACUUCUGCAACAGCUUUUGUUUUCUCCUAGGCCUUAUAUGUAAUGGGUUCCCUGGCAUGAGAGGAGAGGACAAGAUUCCAGAUAACAGCCCCUUGCCAAGACUCAUUUCUAGAGCAUGUUAGUGGUGAUUUAUGCCCCGAAGUAGCACUUCCACAUCCCUGUGAUCAAGGUCGUGCGUUCAUUGCUUGUCAGAGAUGAACAUGAAGUUUUGUUUGUUCUGUAAAAGCUGUCCUUCUGAGUUUUCAGCGGAGGGAAGCAUCUCAUAUAAUGCAGAUAGAGCAGACACUGGAAAGAGUUACUGUAAAAUUAUAUUCUUGUAUACUUUGUAAAUUAGUCCUUCAUUAGAUUUUUUUCUUAUAGGACUAAAUUUAAAUUUGUUAAAUUUUGAUAGAAUUGGGCACUGGUCACGAGAAGAACACAGAUUGUGGAAAUUAACAUGAAUUGUCCUUGUUCUAAUAUAUAUAUAUUUUUCCAUUUCUGUCAUGCUUGGAAAACUAGUAAAUGUUAUGUCUAAGAUACAAUGGUAUGGUCCCUGGAUUUCCUUCUCGUAAGCAGUGGUAUGUAAUAAAGCUGUUAGCAUGCGCAGUUAA